AUGGUUCACGCGUUCCCGUCACCGACCAGCGUCUGGUUGGAUUCAAGUGGACCGGACAGGGUAGUGGCCACAGCUUCUGCAGCCACGAGAUGGGCCCAUUCCGAGCACACGGGCGACCAUGGCAAUUCACCGGUCCUUCUCACCCGCGCAGGUGCCGCCGGAAAUCGGCUGCAAGACCUGCCGUUUGCUUUCCCAAUCGGGACCGGGAUGCCGGUACCGGAUGUCGUUGAAGGGGGCCAGCAUCGCCAGAGCCGGUGGAGUUUUCGCGACGAGCAUGAGCGCCAGAGGAGCGGUGGCCUACCGCCGUCUCCCUCGGAUGCCUAG